AGGACAGGAAAUGUUUUUUCUAGUGCAUGGACAGGUAAACUUCUCCACAGGUAACCAGGAUGUUGCCACAUUUGAUGCUGGAGAAAGAGGAUUUUCCUUUGGAGAGGAAGGUUUCUUCACUGGAGCAGAGAGAAGAUCUACUGUAAGGGCAGCUGGGCCAUGCCAGAUUAUUCUUCUGCAUCAGGAAAAUUUUCAUGAUGUCAUCAACCAGUUCACAGCAGAAGCAACAUUACUCCAAGAGCUUAGUGUGAAAUGGAAACAGCAAGUGAAUCAGAGAGAUGGUGAACUGUACUCAAAAUACAGGGGUGCUUUAGAUCUGGAGAUUUUGAGAAUGACCUUAAAACAGACGGAAGAGUUCAAAACAUGUCCGGCAGGAUUCCUUUACAUUCUUGCUUUAUCCAUGACAAUUAAAGAAGUUCGAGCUGGCGAGAUCGUACUUACAGAGAGAGAGUACCGAGAUGGUAGCAUGUUAUUUGUUGUUCUUCAAGGAAGUUCAGAGAUAAUGGAAGGUGACAUGCCAACCUCUCACUCGGUGGAACUCAAACAAGUCUUUUGGAAGAACGACACAAUGCCUGUCACUGGGUGGGUAAAGGCAGUAGAGUUGUGCGUGGUGGCCUUUCUUCCGGAGGAGGCAGUGAGAGAAGCCGGCAACACUUUUCCAGAUGUAGCGCUGCUCAGACCUUGAGAAAACUCAUCAUGGCUUGAGAAUUGGGAGGGCACGUGCAGCUAUUUUCAGUAAUCACAUUUCCUCUCAACUGCAAAGGAAAUCAUCAUCGCGCCAAAAAUCCGUUGUGAUGCCAGCCGUUUUGGUUUUCCUCGAAAGUCGGCUUCUGUAAAGAUUCAUAGGAUAGUCAAAAAGUCCUAUUCCAACAGAUCCUUUUUUGAAGAGAUUAAAAAGCCUAGAGGCGAGUUGGCUGCCCUUUCAGAAAGAAGCCAUCUUAGUGACCAGUAUGUUGCAAAGAGGAGAGGGGUUGCCAUUCUUUAGCUCUUUACCAUUCAUAACCUGUAGGAGUACCUUCAGUGGCUAUGACGUAUGCUAUGGUUCCACCUCGAUCAUUUGAAAUACUUCUUCCCCUUCGAUCCCGGGAAACAUUUGUUGAACCGUUGACAUCGAAACAUAAUCGAGAGGUUUUAACUUGAAGUUCCAAGGGGAAAAUUAUUGAAGAUGGCUGUUAUGUUGCGAGUGAAUGUCUAUUUUUUUGGCGUGCUUGUUUGUUUGUUUGUCUGUUUUCUUAAGUUUUUUUUCAGAUAAUUCAAACACUUAUCUUUAUCAGUGCCAAGAAUGCUCUGAGUCGCCCUGAGUCGCGAUCGAUUUGGUGGCAAUUGUAAACAUUUUGGCGUUUAUAUUUGCAGUGAAAGUCGCCAGUUUUCCUCUCUCGCUUGAUUUCCAGUGACAAGUGACUGAAAUAGGCUGUCUGUAAAGUAAUAGGGAACUUUAGCAUCACGUUUACGGCAAACGGCGAACCUGAGGAGGUCACGUGACCCCCGCUUUGCCGUCAC